AUGGCCUCGCCGCCCGAGCGGGACCAGCCGCACUACAUCCCAAUUCCGGGCUACACGCCCAAGGUCUCGUUCGACACGCUCGAGAACCCCCAGGCGAGCAUGUUCUCGUACACACUGCAUGUGCAGAGCGACGGCUACGUGCGCAAUCGCGGCACGCGCGUGUUCCUGUGCGCGAGCAGCCCGGACGAGAGCGGUCGCCAGGCGCUCGAGUGGGCACUCGAGAGCCUCGUCCAGGACGGCGACGAGCUGAUCGUGUUCCGCGGCGUCGAUACAGAAGAGCUCGUGAAAGACCACGAUCAAUAUCGCGAAGACGCGCGCGAGCUCAUGCGUCAGAUACAAGAGAAAUGUGUCGAAUCCGACCCAGAGCGGAAGCUCUCCAUCAUCGUCGAGUACAUCGCAGGCAAAGUACCGCUGACAAUAGACCGACUGAUCUCCCUCUACCGCCCGGAUUCUAUUGUCGUCGGAACGCGCGGACAGCGAAGCAUGAUGCAGGCAUGGGGCGCGGCGUUUGGCGGGCAGGGCCGCAUAGGCAGCGUCUCGCGGUACUGCCUCAGCCACUCGCCCGUGCCCAUCAUCGUCGUGCGGCCCGAGGACAAGGUGCGCAAGACGAUGGCGAAACGACGCGCGGACCCAAAGCGCGGCCAGCAUUUCGACGAACUCACAAAGUCCCGCACGCACAAUGGAAGCCUCUCUGUCCCCUUUGUCGCGACGAUGACCAGAUAA